CCCUACUGCGCUGCGCCCAUCCAACGGUAGAAGCCAUGGCCUUCGCGCCGCGGAAUGAUGCGGACCUCUGCCGCAUCUGCAGCAAGCCGCCCCAUUGCUUGUCUGAAACAGGCGACCUAGUGGAGGAAAAAUCCCCGCGGACCUACUUGACGGAUUCGGGUCUGAAACGAGCGAACGAUUCUCUGCAAAAUUUGCGCGAAAAACUUCGUCAGGCUGUUGAUGCCGAUGAUUGCGGUCAACUAUCUUAUUUGGAAUUGGAGAAUGACCUUGUCGCGUGGCAAAAAGCGGUCCAGCGCUUUUCCACGCGCACGGCCAGAUGGUGUGAGAAGGCACGCAAAGAACUGGAAGAAGCAGAGGCCAGAAAGCAAGCGGAUCUAGCGAGGUCUAAAGCAGAGGAAACGACGGAAGUCUGAGCGCGAUUCCUACGCCCGCAGAAGACGUGGCACUUCCGUGGCAGAAAA